AUGCGGUGUGGACGCUGCCCGAGGCCGGAUGGACGGGGUCGGAGUUCCUUGCUCGAAUACCCGUUGCUGAUCCUUCUUCUUCCAUUCGACUCUUAUCUCCACGAUCUGAAAGUCGUAACAUACUGCAGCUUCAUACUACAGCAUGAACGUCUUAAUCGACUGGCUGUUACGGUAGAUCCACUGCAGAAUCCUGCUCCAGUUAGGGAGUAUCUCAAGAGCGCGAAGAUGACCCAGAACGAAAUAGCCAUGCUUGCAGCGGGUUAA